CAGAAUCUAAAGCCCAUCCCUCCCUCCCUCCUCCUCUCUCUCCUCUCAAAUCUCCCUCUUCAUCAUCAAAGCAAAAGAGGAAUCCCAAAAAUAUAGAAGCCCAAGAUGUCUCUUACAAUCCCAACUAAUCUCUCAAAACCGCUUUUGAAGCCAAAGCUAAACUCCCAGGUUACCCCCAAAGUUUCAAGGUCGUUGGUGGUGUGCUCAAGCACUCCAUCCUCAGACAAGAAUUCGACAUCACCCUCGGCUCCGCCGCUUCAAGCCUUCUCAGCUGCUCUAGCUCUUUCUUCCAUUCUUCUUUCAGCUCCCCAGCCUGCUGUAGCUGACAUUUCAGGGCUCACCCCAUGCAAGGAGUCCAAGCAGUUCGCCAAACGUGAACAGCAGCAGAUCAAGAAGCUCCAGUCAUCGUUGAAUCUUUACGCCCCUGACAGUGCUCCAGCUCUGGCUAUCAAAGCAACCAUCGAGAAAACCAAGAGAAGAUUCGACAACUAUGGGAAAUACGGGCUGCUUUGUGGCUCUGAUGGGUUGCCUCAUUUGAUAGUGAACGGUGACCAGAGGCACUGGGGUGAGUUCAUCACACCAGGCCUGUUGUUCUUGUACAUCGCUGGAUGGAUCGGGUGGGUUGGAAGAAGCUACCUGAUUGCUAUAAGGGAUGAUAAGAAGCCAGCCAUGAAGGAGAUCAUCAUCGAUGUGCCUUUGGCUAGCAGUCUGCUCUUUAGAGGCUUCAUCUGGCCUGUCGCAGCCUACAGAGAGCUUAUCAAUGGUGACCUGGUUGCCAAGGACGUGUAAUCUCCUCAGAUAUUGAAUGGAACGAACACUGGGAUGGGACGGAAGACGGUGUGCUUUAGACUGAAUAUUGUUUGUGGGAAGAGAGGCAUCUUGGGAAAUUUCUUGUACUUAAAAUGCAAAAUUUUUUCUUUCCCUAGUGAAUGCAAUGCUAGUGUUAAACAUUUGGAGCUCAUCAGCUUUCCAUUUCAAUCUGUUGUUAUCCAAAGUCAUGUGACUAUAUGUUAUAUAAAUAUCUCCUUCUAAACAGCAAUCUUAGAAUACUA